AUGAACGGAGCCUACAAAUUUCCUUCUCUUUUGGAUAUGCUCUUUGUUCUUGAAUGGAAAACUGCAAGAACCACAGCACUGUUAGUUGUAGAUGUUCAGAAUGACUUCAUCAAUGGUUCUUUAGCAUUGAAACAUUGUCCUGCUGCUGAAGACGGCUAUGAAGUGAUUAGUACUAUUAAUGAAAUCCUUCAUCAAAAACUCUUCAAUCAUGUUGUGUAUACACUAGACUGGCAUCCACCAGACCACUGUUCGUUUGUUGAUAAUGUCCAUAAAUACCCAGUCCAUCACUCUAGUCCUGUUACAGCCAAGGAAGCCAAAGUAUUUGAAACUGUUGUAUAUUCUCAUCCAACUGUCAUACAGCAAAGAUUGUGGCCAGUACAUUGUGUGGAAGACACUUGGGGAGCUGCACUCCAUGAAGAUCUUAAGGCUCCUGAUGAAGAAGACUACAUCAGUAAAAAGGGGCUCGAGGCACAUAUUGACAGUUAUUCAGCAUUUUGGACCUCAGGCCAUUUGCAUCAGAGCGAUCUUUUCAAAGUAUUACUAAGAAAAGGUGUCACUGAUGUAUACAUUGCUGGGUUGGCAUUUGAUAUCUGUGCAAGGUUUACAGCUAUAGAUGCAGCUUUACAUGGGUUUAACACUUACGUCAUUGAGGAUGCAUGUCGYGGUACUUGUCCACAUGCUAACUCGCAAACAAAAGAUGAAUUCAAGAAACAUGGGAUUGCAUUGUUAAAUUCCAAAGAUCUUUCUGACCACUUUGGACAUCAAGUUACAGAAUCAAGUUGAAAGACCCAAACACUAAAGUACAAAGGACCACAAAGUAGUUUAUUAACAUUUUCAAAAUGAACAUACUGUACAUUAAUUUUAUUAUUAUCUAUCACCAAAGGAACCUUUCUUAGACCUUAAAGUGUGAUUUUCAAUAACUUUCAGAACUUGUUUUCACUUCUCUGAAUAUGUUUGUGCACAUGUUGCAUUGAUACAGUGUAUGUACUGUAUUUGACCGCAAUUGACAAUUUAUAAAAAGUGGAUACAGACCCUUGCAUGUGAAACCAAAGCAUCUUCAUCUUGGGAGAAAACAAAUGACUUUAGCUCUCUUGUUAGCUUCAAUCCUUUAUCUUCUCAAAGUAUAGGGGUCUAUACCUGAAAAUUGUACUUGCGAUGCAAAAGAAUGUCACAAAUAAAAAUUCCCUGUAGCAUGACAUUCCUCACCAUAGUUGUACAGUAUUACAUCAUUUGAAAACUGUCAGAAGGCCCACUCAUUUUAAAAGCUUUACAUUUAUAAUGAGUUGUGUCAAAGUAGUUGAAUGGGCUGCACGAGAGUUACACAUGACAAGUGCAAUUAUUUAUACAGCGCUGUGAAGCUGCAUGGCUUCACCGUGUCCACAUUUAAUUUGAAAAGAGUGAAGCAAAUACAUGAAGUAAUUAUUAAAAGGCAGUCUAAUUUUUAACGUUUUUACAAUUCUUGUACAGAAAGCGAAAGCAUAAGUUUUAAAAUCAGAUUAGUGCAUUAUGUUGAUUUAUACUCCUCAGCAGACAACCUUUGAGUCCAAGAGUAAAAKGAAGAGAGCCUGUCGAGGAGGCCUUUUUGCAAUCAAUAGGUUUCUACAAAGAUUAUGAUAGUUUUACAUUAAUUGAGAUUUAUAUAUAUUUAUCAACAUUGUUUUCUUUUAUUCGCAUYGACUAAUAGAAAUUAUGAUUCAUCAACAAAUUUUCCUCCUCUCUUAUUGGUCGAGAGUCGRCCACAUGACGUGAUAGUACCCAAUUUUGMUGUUAACAAUAUAAUGGGCAUUUUGCUAUGAUAGUUGCACUAAAACUAAACCAGAUGUUCCUCAAAACUUUGGUAACUGCGGUCUGGCAACUUUCUCAGCAUAAUGCCAUUACUUAAUCUACUCUGUUUAAAUAGCAUAAUUUCGAUGAAUUUAAUUGUAUCUAUUUAUAUAUUGUUUUAUUCUUGACAUUCAAUACUGUUUAAUUAGUGAARUACGUAUUUUCAUUCUAUCUAAUAGAGUACUAACAAUAAAACCAUGAAAUCAUAUUAAUUAAAUAGUGUUACAGUGUACUAAAUUAUGUGAAUUAUUUUGUUUUCUGUUGUCUGAUCUACACUAUAUUGCUCUAWUUCUACAUUUUCAGACAGUCCAACAUUUUGUUCAUUGUGAAUCCAAAACAAUUCGCAGUUCUUGAAACCACAAAAGAAAUUUGGAUUCCCCCCCCCCCCCC